AAUGUCGCUGUUCACUUGACGUGAUUGGAAGUUUCAACUCUUGUGAUAGUCAGCGUUUAAUGCACGAAAUAGCAACUAACGAUAAAUAUUUACAGUGUAUAUUCACUCACGUUCAUUUCCGACUACCUCCCCGAUGGGCCUCCUGUGACGCGCGCGCGGGACUCGCACGGGGAGAGGCGUCAUGGCCGCCGUGUCGGGCGCCGCGACGCGCGACGGCAAGUCACACCGCAUCAUCGCGCUGCAAGUAUCUGGUCUACAGACGCUCACGACGACAACGACAACCGCCGUCGCAGCGUCGCGAUCCAAGAUUGUCGCCGUCAAGGUCGAUUCGAACUCGCGCGGCGACGGUGGCGGCUCCCAGGUGGCGCUGCAGGUGUCCGGACUGCAGACGCUGACGACGACGACGACCGCUGCUGCCGCCACCGCCGGGUCGCGAUCCAAGAUUGUCGCCGUCAAGGUCGAUUCGAAAUCGCGCGGCGGCGGCGGCGGCGGCUCCCAGGUGGCACUGCAGGUGUCCGGACUGCAGACGCUGACGACGACGGCCGCCGCCGCUCCGCGAUCCAAGAUUGUCGCCGUUAAGGUCGAGCCGAACUCUCGCGACGGCGGAGGCUCCCAGGUGGCGCUGGUGCGCGUGAUACGGCAGGAGCGCGUCGCGUCGCUGCCGCCUGACGUCGUGCCCUACCAGUGCAACGUGUGCGGCAUCGCCUACCUGCAGUGCGAUCAGCUAGCCGCGCACGUGAAGGAGCACGUCAUGGCACUGCGCACGCCGUAUGUGUGCGCCGUGUGCGCGCUGCCCUUCCGGCUGCCCGCCGAGUGCGCGCGCCACUACCGCACGUGCCACAUCGCCAACGCCGCCUCCGUCGCCGCCGCGCGCGCGCACACCGUCCUCAAGGUGGAGCCGGCGUCGAAGGCCGCCGAGACGGACGCGAGAACCGUUCUGAAGGUGGCGCCGCCGUUGCGCGGGAAGGCGGAGAAAAACGCGAGCGCUGCUCACACGGUGCUGAAGGUGGCGCCAGCGUUGCGCGAGAAGGCGGAGAAAAACGUGAACACGGUGCUGAAGGUGGCGACGGCGGCGGCAUUGCGCGGCAUCGCUGGCGCCGGCAAAGACUCUGCCGUCCUCACGCAGCUCAAGGUGGCGCCACCGGUCCAGGGCAACGGCGUGACGGAACCCGCGGAUCCCCCAUCGAAGAAACGCGACUCGCCGCCGCCGACAGGGGGCGCCGGCGAGGCGACGAAGCCGCCGAACGGACCCGAGUUGGACGCCGCCGCGGAGACGGAGGAGGGCGGCAGGGACAGGUGCUGCCACUGCGGGAAGGCGUUCGCGGACGCGGUGCGGCGGAUGCGGCACGAGCGGCUCGUGCACAACGCGCAGAAGUUGUCGUCGUGCCGCUACUGCGGCCGCAUGUUCAACCAUAGCGGGCACCGCAACGAGCACGAGCGCCUGCACACGGGCCAGCUUCCGUUCACGUGCCACGACUGCUGCAAGGGCUUCGUCAACCGCUCGAAGCUGCGCCAGCACCAGGCCAAGGGCUGCCUCGAGCAGAGCGCGGCGGACGCCGGUAGUGACGGCCACCAGAGGGUGCUAACGGGCGACGAGCGGCGGCGCGCGUCCGGUCACGUUCGAGUGAAGCACGAGCCGGCGUCAGACGGCGAGGACGCGCCGGCAGGGGGCGCCGGCGGGUGUGUUAAAACAGUGCGCGUUAAACUUGAACCGGACGAGGAGGAGGGAGGAGGGCGAGGGUUCAUGCACGGUGCAUCGUCCGUGCCACUGCUGGUGAGCGGCGGGAGCGUGAAGCGAGCGGCGGCGGGCGGGUACCGGCCCGGGCCGCGGUCCGCUAGGAUCCGAGCGGCAGCCCGCAGGGCCGCCCGGGCCGCCGCCAAGCUUAACGCAUGUGUUACGCAGACUACUGCCUGCCAGGAGGGCGGCGUGCGGAAGGGAGAAAUCCCUAGGGCCUCCCAGGAGACUAGUGUUGGGAAGGGAGAAGUCCCUGCUGCCUCCCAGGAGACUAGUGUGGGGAAGGGAGAGGUCCCUACUGCAGCCUGCAAUAACGAGUCCAGUGGGGAAAAGAAAGAGGUGUCUGGAGCGUGCGAAGAGUCGAGUGUGGAGAAGGGAGAAAUCCCUGCAGUGUGCCACUGGGAGAAUAGCGAGAAGAAGGAGGGAGAGGUCUCUCUAGUGUGCCAGGAGACGAGUGAGGAGGAAGGCGAAAUGCCUGAGAUCUGCAAAGAGUCCAGCGAGGUGAAGAGAGAGACGCCAGCAGCCGCCCAGAAGGAAGACAGUGAGGAGGAGGGGGAGAUGCCUCCAGCCCUCGAGCCUGAGGCUCCCCGUGAGAAGCGAGAGGUAAUCGAUGCGGGUGACUCCCACAGUGAGAAGGCAGAUGUUGGCGCAGCCUGCCGUGACACUAGUGAGGUGAAGCCAGGAAUCACACCAGUGCGCAGAAAGUCCAAAAUGAAGUUAACUCCAUCCCGUAGUAAUGUCUGCAGUGAGAAUAAGAGAGAUAGCACUACAGCCUGUCAGACCCCCAGUAAAACUAAAAGGAAGAAAGAAGUGAUCGGUGACUAUCCGGUUCCCAGUCAGAAAGAGGGGGAGAAGAUUGUAGCCAGUCAGGCCCUCAGUCAAAACGACGAAGGGAAGAUUCUAACCAGUCAUGUCCCCAGUCAGAAUGAGAAAGAGGUGAAAGAGAGCCUGGAAGUGGGUACCCCUUUUCCACCGGUCACAAACGAGGAAAAUGGGCUGGCAAUCACCGCAUCCUCCCUCCCUCUAAACCAGACGAGCGAAACGAAAGAAGGGAAAUUGCCUGCCUGCUCCCUUCCGCCCAGCCAGGGCAUGAAGAGGAGGUCGUCGACUUCGCCCGCCUCCCUCAAGCGCGAGGGAGUCAAGAUGAAGAGAGGCUCAGAUACCAUCUGUGAUAAAUUCGGUGCUUCAGCUGGCCUCGCCGGCGGCGGCGAAUCGCGCACGGCUGCGCCCCGCCACGCCUCGCCACCGUCCACGUCCAAUGAAACUUGCUCACGGCCCUCCGCCGACGGUCGCGCGGCCGACAGAUCCACGAACGCAAACCCGGCCAAACGAUCGCCCGUCGGCGGGCAGACGAAACGCCAGAGGGUUGUCGCCGCAGCGACGGCGAAGCGGGGCAAGGUCGCCAAGCGCCGGGCGGCGGCGGCGAAGAAAGGAGCCGGCAAGCGGCGUCGCCGCGCCGCGCCGGUGGCGCCCCCGCGCGGUAGCGACGAGGGGGCGAGCGGGAGCGAGGGGUCGUCGUCGUUGCGGGGCCGGUCGUCGUGUGCGUGCCGCUACUGCGGCCGCGCGUUCAAGCACAGCGGGCACCGCAACGAGCAUGAGCGCCUGCACACGGGCCAGCUGCCGUACAAGUGCGACCUUUGCGACAAGGCCUUCGUCAACCCCUCCAAGCUCAAGUACCACCAUGCCAAUGCACACCGCGCCGCAGCCAAGGAGGGCGCCGCUGCAGCCAAGGAAGGCACCACCGCUGCCAAGAAGGGCUCCGCCGCACGCAAGGGCGCUCGUUCCUCGAAGAAAGCCGCGCGAAAACGCGUGCGGGGGAAGCGCGGCACCGUCGCCGCUGCCGCCUCCCACGUCGAAAACUCCGUAGAGGUGGCGCCGCCGGUCGACGCAAACUCCCUGGAGGUGGCGCCACCAGUCGACGCAAACUCCCUCCAGUUGGCGCCACCGGUCGUCGCAAACUCCCUGGAGGUGGCACCACCGGUCGUCGCAAACUCCCUGGAGGUGGCACCACCGGUGGUCGCAAACUCCCUGGAGGUGGCACCACUGGACAACACAAAUUCCCUGGAGGUGGCGCUGCCGAUGGACGCAAACUCCCUGCAGGUGGCUCCACCAGUCGACUCGAAGGACGGAAGACGCGUUGUCGACGUAAAUGAGAACAACGAGCCGGCGGCGGUGAAGAAGAAGCGGCGCCCCCUGGCGGCGGACCGCGCACGCAAGCACGUGUGCGCGACGUGCGGCAAGGGCUUCAAGCGCGCGGGCCACCUGGACGACCACGCGCUCACACACAGCGACGACCGUCAGCGCCCGCACCGGUGCGUGCUGUGCAGCGCCGCGUUUCUGCGGCCCGCGCACCUCGUGAGCCACAUGAACACGCACGCGGGCGAGCACGCGUGCGCCGUCUGUCGUCUCCCGUUCUCCUCCGUGAAGACCCUGAAGAUGCACGUGAGCAAGAGCCACCCCAGUGAGGAGGAGGUGGAGGGAGGCGGGGAGAAGGAGGACGGGGGGGAAGGGGAGACUCAGAGCGCGGCGGCGCGCGACGACGACCACGGCACGACGACAGGUGGCGCCGUCGGCGCUUGCGACGUCAUCUUCGAGAACGGAGACUCGCUGUCCGCGAACGGCCACGACGGCCACGCUGCGUUCGGCCGCGAGAUGUGCGGCGCCCUCUACGGGAGCGGCGAGGAAUUAGCGCUGCACGCGCGCUCGCCGGCGCCCCCUGGCGGCGACGGGAGGAAGCAUCGGUGCGAGGUGUGCGGGAAGUCGUUUGUGCGCGCCGGGCACCUCCGCGACCACGUCGCGCUGUGCCACACGGGCGAGACACCUUACCGCUGCGCCAUCUGCGGGGCCGGGUUCGCGCGCAAGCACCGGCUGCGGGCACACCACGACCAGACACACGAUGACGGCGGGGAGGACUGCGGCGUCGCGUGCGGAGUCUGCGGAGUGCCGUUCGUUAGCAAGGACGAGCUCGGCGAGCAUCUGAAGAAGAAGCUGUGCGGCGAGGGGGCCUAUGGAACCUAUCUCACCGCACCUGUACGAUUGUCCUGCCACCUGGUGUAGAACAGACGAGUUUUCGAGUAUGCCCUCCUGCUCUGUGAUCCUAUAAAAGUUGGCCGUUGCCUAAAUUCCUAUAAGAGCUAUCACAAACUUUCACACACACAGCGAUCACUAAAGGCCACGUGGAAAAGUUCUGGAGAGUUCUGUGCGAAAAAAAGACGAGAGGUGACCAUAGCUUAUUCAAGUGAUUACGUCACCCUAAAUAGUAAAAAUAUUUCCA